AUGACAACCCGAUACCAAGUCACCGAACCUCACCCCCACGUCGCUACAUCCUCAUUCAUCCAUUCCGGACGAGGAGGAGCAGGAAACACAUUCAAAGCACCCAAGACCACUGAAGGCAGCACGGCCCACGGACCCGCCUCACUCUUCUCCCGCGGUCUUCCCCAAACCUCAUCUAAAUUCAGCAGCGGCCGCGGCGGCGCAGGAAACAUCCUCCCUUCAUCAAAGAAAGCACCAUUUUCCUUCGACGAAGAACUCGAACGACAAAGCACUCGCGAGAAGAAGAUGAGCGAAGGAGGCAUGUGGCACGUCGGUCGAGGCGGUGCAGGAAACUAUGCUAGUGGAAGGCCAGCUAGUGAACGUAAGAGUUCGACAAGCUCGGAGGAUAGCGAUGGGAGUAUUAGGACUGUGAGGAGUGGGGGAUUUUUAGAACGUUGGACUUCGAGAUCUUCUUCUGUGAGAUCAUAA